AUAAAAAUAAUAUAUAAUGAUAGCAUUGUUAUUGUUAAUUGGAGUUCAAGGUUAAUAUUUGGCUAUAAAUGGAGCCUGUUAAAAAACAGAAUACUUAUAUAAAUACUAAGAUUUAUAAUUUUGUCUUACAUGUUAAAAAGGAUGUAAAAGUUGUUGUGAUCCAUAAUUAUGCAAUGAAUGUGAAGAUAGAUAUAGAUUUAAUUCAACAACAUCAACUUGCAUAAGAUGUCCAGUACUAAAAAUUAUAAUGGAUAGGUAAAUUGUGAAGUAUGUGAACCAGAUGGAUUAUUUUCUAAAUGUUCUAAAUGUGAGAAAGGAUAUUUAAAAUAAGAUGAUGGUAGUUGUAAGAAAUGUGGAGAUAAUUGUGAAUCAUGUUCAAUAGCAGAUUAUUGUUCAUAAUGUUCAGAUGCUUUCUAUAUAGAAAAAGGAAGUAAGAAAAAUGAUUAAUAAUAAAUUAAAUAGUUUGUAAAGAUUGUCCAUAUGGAUGCAAGAGUUGUACUUAAGUAGAAGAACAAUUAUUUGUUUGUGAUACUUGCAUUGAUAGAUAUUAUUUAGUUGGUGAAUAAUGUAUAAAAUGUCCAACUGGAUGUUUAACAUGUGAUGAUGAUUUUACAUGUACUAGUUGUGAAGAAGCUUAUGUAUUGAAGGAAAACAAACUUUGUGAAUUUUGUACUCCUAAUUGUAAAAAAUGUUCUGAAAAUAAAUGUGUUGAUUGCUAAAAAGGAUAUAUCUUAACUGCUGAUAAUUAAUGUCUUGGUUGUCCAGAUAUUAAUUGUAUAAGUUGUUAAUUAGAAGAUAUAACUAAAUGCACUUAAUGUGAAACUAAAUUUUAUUUACUUAAUUCUACUUGUAUUCCUUGUGAUGUUAAUUGUAAAUAAUGUGAUUCUCCAGGACGUUGUGUUGAAUGUAAACCAGGAUAUUUUAUUAAAAAUGGAGUUUGCAUGGCUAACAAAAUUGAAAAAUGUAACACUUAAAAUGAAACUACAUGUCUUAAAUGCGAAAAUGGAAAUUAUAUUAAAAAUGGUAUUUGUUCAGAGUGUAUUCCUAAUUGUUUAUCAUGUUCUGGAAAAGAUUAAUGUGAUUAAUGUGCUACAGCUUAUUUUUUUAAUGGAUUCUCAUGUUAAGGAUGUGGAACUGGUUGUGAGAGAUGUGUUGAUUCAAACAUUUGUCUCAAAUGUACUUAUGGGUACUAUUUAUAAUUAUUUAGUUUUUAUAUUUCAAAGGGAAUUUGUGAAAGAUGUAUUGAUGGAGUAUGUUAAUGCUCAAUUAAAGAAACAAUGAUAUAGAAUUAAGCUCAUACAAUCAUUGUUUUCAUCCUAUCUUUAUUAAUAGUGUCAUGAAUUUAAAUAAAUAAAUAUUAUUCAGGC